AUGUCUUCAAAAUCCCACAUCCCAUACUCCGUGCGGGCAAGUCGCCACGGAAACCCGCUGGCCAAACGACUGUUCCAAAUAGCGGAAGAAAAGAAAUCAAAUGUCGUGCUCUCCGCUGAUGUGACAACUACGAAAGAAUUGCUGGAUCUCGCUGAUCGUCUUGGCCCCUACAUCACCGUCCUAAAAACCCACAUCGACAUCCUCACCGACCUCACCCCCUCCACCCUCUCCAGCCUCUCCAGCCUCGCCACCAAACACCGCUUCCUCCUCUUCGAGGACCGCAAAUUCGUCGACAUCGGCAGCACCGUCCAGAAACAAUACCACGGCGGCUCCCUGCGCAUCUCGGAAUGGGCCCACAUCGUCAACUGCGCCAUGCUCGCCGGGCCCGGCAUCGUCGACGCGCUCGCGCAGACCGCCUCGUCCCCCGCGUUCCAGACCGCGUAUGGCGCCGAGGGCCGCGCGCUGCUGAUCCUGGCCGAGAUGACCUCCCAGGGCUCGAUGGCUACGGGCGCCCAUACGGAGCUGUCGGUGCGGGCGGCGAGGAAGCACCGGGGUUUCGUGCUGGGGUUUGUGGCGACGAGGGCGCUGGCUAUGGGCGAGCAAGAUGUCUCUGUGUUGAAGAACGUAGAAGAAUGGGGGAACCACAAUGAUUUGUCGAGCUGCUGGCGUUGGAGCUUUCCAGCAAUUAAAGUGCACAACAGCUCCGUCGUUACACCACGCAGUCACGAGUUCGAGGGGCAGCCAGCCAGUCAGCGAAAUAACGAAUUAGCGAACAGCCAGUCUGCUCGGAAAAAUAUGGGGAAUUACGGGUGGCAUUCCUGGAAGAUGUCAGAGGAUUCAAUGGAAAUUGUCUUGCUUCCUACUUGA